ACUGUUGCUGCAACAUGGAAAAGGGAUACUGCUGCCAUCUGAAAUAAUCAUGCAAGCAAAAUGUUUUUAAAGCACCUGAAAACAUGAACAGCAGUGAGCACAGGUUCUCAUGGGGUCAAAGCAUGAGCUCAGUGCAGGAAACAAGGAUUCUGCAGUCAAUCUGGGACUUCAUCCGUAACAAAGAAGGCUGGCUAAAGUCACCAUUCUUUCCUGUCAUCUUCUCUGCUACAGUUUACAUGGCUUUCUGUUUUCCAUUCAUCUUGAUGGAUAUUAUGUGCAUUAAAAAAAUAACACCGCUGAGAAAAUACAAGAUUCAGCCCAAUAUCAUCCCAACAAAGGACAUGAUGACAGUCUGUGUUGCUCAAACAGUUUAUAAUCACAUUGUCUUCAUCUUUCCAAUAACUGUAGCCCACUGGUACUGGAGAUGUAUAAGCCUGCCUCCUUCUGCACCCGAGGUCAGAGAAGUCAUCUUUGAUGUCAUCGGCUGUCUGCUUCUUUUUGACUUCCAGUAUUUUGUUUGGCAUUUACUUCAUCACAAGAUCCCAUGGCUCUAUAAGACAUUCCACAAAGCUCAUCAUAAGUACACGGCUACAUUCGCACUUACCACAGAACAUUCAAGUGCAUGGGAGAUUCUCUCACUGGGUUUCUUUGCUGCCAUCAAUCCAAUGUUGCUGAAAUGCCAUCCACUGACAGAGACCAUCUUCUUCAUUGUUAACAUUUGGUUGUCAGUGGAGGACCACUCAGGUUAUGACUUUCCCUGGUCCACACACAGACUGCUACCAUAUGGAUUGUAUGGAGGGGCUCCACACCAUGAUUUGCACCACAUGAAAUUCAGAUCAAAUUAUGCCCCUUACUUUACCCACUGGGAUAAACUGUUUGGUACAUUCUCGCAACUGCCUUCAAAAUAAGCCUUUUACUUACUAAACAGUGGCACAACAUUUUUUGCUGUUACUUCCAAAAACAACUACAAUAUUUGAGACUUUUGAUAUACAGUAAGCUAAGGUGUUACUUUCAUUUAAGUUUCAUGAGCACUUUAUUUCCUGGAUGUCACACUGCUAUUAAGAAUAGAUGCUACCAUUUAUUCUCAUACUCCAUAUAUGUCAGCCUUUAUAGGAACAUACAUCUCAAUAUCUGAGCACAAGAAAUUGGGGUAAAGCUUAAAAUAAUGGGGGUACAAAUGCCCCAGAAUAGGGACAGAUGUUAAAUAUUGCUUUUAUAAACGUAGAAAGCUGCUACAUGAUUUGGGUUAGUAUGCAUUUUCUGAACUAUUUGAAGUCUGAAACUCUGAUGAAUGUCAUUAUUUAGUGACUUCAGUUCUCAGUAAUUUGCCAGAAGACCAAAUAUUUUAUGAGGAACAGAACAAAAAUAUGAGGCAAAAGUCUGGACAUUCUGUGAACAUCUGCAUAGUUAAGCAGUAAGUAUAGGAAUGUGAUACAAAACUAUACAUUUUAAAAUGUAGAUAAUGCAUUAAAAAGCUUUUUAUCUAGCUGGGUGACAGGAACUGGAAAAUGUUUAAAUGGUGAAAUGGAAAGCAAAACUGAAUUUUUAUAAGCCCAGUAUGAAAAAAUUAAAGUUAAAUUCUUUAGUUAAGGUUGCACAGAAGGCAGAUGAAAUCAUAUGUUCUAAGUGUCAUCAUUUUGCUAUAGAAUUUUUAUCUGCCUAUUAUACUUUUUUAUUUUAUUUUAUAUAAGAAAAUAGUGGCCAAAGACACACUUAGUAAUGCCCUAAAUUAAUGUUUCAAAACCCAUUUUCACCAUAAAGUGCUUAAUAGUACACAUUACUAAAUAUUUUAUAUAUUACUAGAUCUCUGAAUUCUGCUAUCAUUUUUAGAAAUGUUCAUUACUUUAGCUCUUUUGCUUCUAAAUAUUUUCUCCCUGAUUCUUCAUCUAGGAUGCUAAAACCUGUGUGUAGAAACUGUGCAACUCAAAGCAGGUUUUCAGAUCAGCAUUAAAGAGGCUUAUUAAAGAGGCUUAUAUUAAGAUUAGAGAGCACCACUUCCAGGAGAUAUGUUGGACGUCUUGGUAAAAAUACUGCAUUAAAUCUGGUAGAGAUAUUGGAAGUCUUGGUGAAAAUAAUGCAUUAAAAUCUGGCAGAAAUAUUGGAAGUCUUGGUAAAAAUAAUGCAUUAAAAUCUGGUAGACAUAUUGGAAGUCUUGGUAAAAGUAAUGCAUUAAAGUCUGAUUUUAGUACCACCAUUUCUAUAUAUACCUACCCUCAGUGGCUGUCAGCAGCAUGUAAUGUUGUUAACUAAAAGAACAUAGAAUUCUCUGCAGAAUGAGACAUGGAUUGUCCAGACAGAUGAGGGUAAAAGAUAUGUGUGAGAUGUGUUUUAGAGUAGGAAAUUGUCUUUUAAAUGGGAAAUAGCAACACAUGAGCAGAAUAAGAUAAUAGCUGAAAGCAACCGGUGCUGCUGCAUUAAACAAGGAGGCUCUGUGAAAUGGCACUGACCAAAGCAGGUCAGUUUAAUGGCUAAAGACAAUUCAGUGUCCAGUAGCAGAGUAUGAAUUUGCAAUGUUGCAUGGUGCUCUGAUGAGAUGUUUGGCACGUAGUGGACAUAGGUAUGGGCAAUGUAGACUGCUGAGAAGAGCACGAAACAUAGCAUAGAGAGACAGAAAGAGAGAAAGUGAGAGAGGGAGAGAUAGGAAGGGACAGAGACACAAGUGUGGUUAAGUAAGUGGAUUAUGAAACUAAAUAUGGAUGCAUAAAAUAUUAAUUUUAAGUAAAAUAUGACAGCAGUUCCAAAUCUUUGUGUGUGUGUGUGUAUGUA